CAGCCGACAAGGACUGAGACCUAAUAUAAAGGGCAAAUCAAGUCGGUUUGUAGUAAAGAUAUUUUUUAUUUCUACAUUUUACCAUCUCAACGGUCUCAUUCAUUCAUCUCAAAGGAUCUGUAAGAGUGCCCCCCGUCUGUGCAGUAGAGAGCAAAGCAGACAUGUCUAGAAUAGAAAACAGUGAGGGGAAUGUGCUAAAGCGUGUGGCAGAGCUGCCGCUCAUCAGCUCGGCGCUGCAGCAGGCCUCUUCCAUCUACACGGGUGUGAAAGGUCGUUACCCGCUGCUCGGGUUUGUGGGAGGCGUAGCAGAGCUGGGCAUCCGGAGUGCAUCCACAGCAGCCCUGAAACAAGCAGCACCUCUGCUAAAGAACCUAGAACCAGAAAUCGAGGCAGUGAACAGUUUUGCACUAGGGGGUUUGGAACAGCUGGAGAAGCUUUUUCCAAUUCUCCAACAGCCCACAGAUGAGGUGGUUGCUAAUCUGAAGGACGCUUUCUUCCUGAGGCUGGACGACGCGCAGACUCGAGUGAACGACGAGCUGGACAGAGCCGUGGACAGAUGGGACAAGCUGCUGCGCCUGAGCUGGCGCCUCGUGGCGGAGGCUCAGGACUCGGCUCCCGGGCGAGUGAUCACCGCGGGUCUGGAUGAGCUCAUCACUCAGUCGGAGGCGGCGGUGGCCUACUAUCUGCCUCUGCCACCCACGCUGCGUUGUGAGUGGGAGAGAAGAGUGCAGAGCUACGAAGAUGAAGACGAGGAUGAUGAUGAUGAAGAGGAAGAGCCUCGAAUGUGGACUCGUAUCCGUAGCCUGUUGUUGUGCCUGUACCUUCAGCUGUACCACAGAUUGAUGAUGCUGAGAGAAAGACUAGACGGCGUUUUGCAGAUGCUAGGGGCAGCUGCCGAAACGGUGGGUCUAACGCGGUUGAUGGCGGUGGUGGAGUCCCUGCUGCAGCUGCUUCUGUCAUUUUACACGACUCGGGUGCAUCGCGUAGAAGAGCUGCGGUCUCUACUCGUGGCCCAGCUCGCAUCAGGUAUUCAGGCACUGAAGGUUUUGCCCCCUGUAGAGCAGAUAUUGACUCUGCCUACCCAGGCACGCACUAUCAUGAACGACCUACUGGAACUGGGACAGAUUCUCAUACAGCUGCUCAUCAACACCACCCCCCUCUAUGACCUGGUAAAACAAGUUUCUGAUCUCGACGCACCAAGCAAUCCAAUUCCAGAGGAACCUUCUGAGAGUCCCUCCCGCCGUGCAUCCGCGAACAACCUCUUCCUUAAGGCCAUGGACAGCCGCCCACGUCGCCGCAGAAGCCUUUACGCCCGUUCCCGUCGCGAGUCUGCCAGCGGGCUUCCAUCGAGCCCAGUUCUCUCUCCAACUCCAACCCCAGUCCCGGCGAAUGGCCGCAAAGGCAGUUUGAAGCUAGAUUCCCCGCACUCAGGCCCUCCAGAACUUGACACACUUGCUUUGUCCACCACCGAUAUGAUCCGCCGCCGCUCCUCGGCCACCGAGGUCCUGUUGGCUCCCAUUAUGCAGUUAGUUACACAGAGCCAACGGGCAUUUGAGUUUCUGAGCUCUGGCUCUUCAUCUGAAGAUCAGGUCAUACCUGUGGUGGAAACCACUGAAUAUUAAGUUCCACUCUUCUCAAACAUAAGAUUUAAGUGUAAUCAGAGCAUUCAAACACUGAUCGCUGCAGCUCACAGGCUGCUAUGGAUAGUACAGCAAACAUACCUUCAAACCACAAUCCAUGCAGAGGCUUCUCUGGUAGACCUACAAAAACGAAUCUGGUUGGUAGAGACAGAGAAGUGACUAAAUAUCAAACUAGAACAUUAGCCUAGCAUUCAGAAUGUGCACAUGGAUUAAGCUGACAUAAAUGCACUUAGAAUUAAAUCAAAACAGUAUGGAUUUGCACUAUGAAGUGCUAUUUGGGUAGGCGGUUUUAGCUUUGAAUGCUUGUUUCUAGAUGUUUGGACAAAGAAACAACUCAGCAAAUUGUUUUAUGUUCGCAUGUAACGCAAUUUAGCAUGUAAUUGUUAGCAUGUAACGCAUUUUGUUUAGACCAGAUAAAGCUAUCUGUAUUCCUCAGCUUUCUUAGUUCUUAUAUAUUAUAAGCAUUAUACGUUUUAAUCUACAGACUGUUAAUGAAAGACUGCUAAUUAGAUUAGUGCACUGAUGAAUCAAGAUGAGGCAAGGAUUCUGCACAGGUGGAAAUUUGUUUCAAGGUCAUGUAUGUUCAGUCCAGAGGAGAGAAUAAGAAACUGUUAAUAAUACUUUGAUUAAUAAUGGGGCGUUUUAUGCUUUAAGAUCAAGGAUGUGUAAUUGCAAGUAACAUUAAGAAAAGUGUGUCCCUGCUGAACAAACCAGCUAAAACUGGUCUCAGCUGGUUUAAGCUGGCCUACCCAUUAUUUUAGAUGAUUUAGACUGGGAAACCAGCUAGAUUGACCAGCUAAAACCAGCUACUUCCAGUCUAAAUCAGCUAAGUCCAGCCAACCAGUCUAGGCUGGUUUUAGCUGUUUUUGUCAGCAGGUAAACACAUAGACAGCAAUGUAAUGUCACUAAAUGGUGUUUAAUGACUUGGUGGACAUUUAUAGCUAAAGUCCUAACAACCUUUAUCUUGUAGUGCAUUUUUUUUUCCUUUAACAAAUGUAAUAUUGACUUUAAAUGUAAUAAAACAUUUU